GAGCUCUUAUAUGAAAAUUCGAAUAUCACUGUGUUAUCUUUCAGUCAUUUGCUGCUAUUGUUUUCUGUCAAACACAAUCUGUCUGGUGAAGCAACUAAAAAUUUGUUGAAGUUAUUUGCUACUGUAUUACCGGAAAACAAUAAAUGUCCUCUCACUAUGUCAAAGCUCAAAAAAAUAUCAAAGCAAUUUCAACACAUUACCAAGUAUGUCAGCAUUGCCACAGCCAACUGGAUAAACAAUUGCAUUGUUUUAAUGAAGUAUGUAGGGAGAGUCAUCCAAUACAAGAUGCACUAUCCUUUUACAUCCUUGAUAUUGAAUCACAAUUGAGAAGUAUAGUUACAGAGAAUCAUUCACAUAUUGUUGACUACAAGAGUAAAAAAUCCAUUGAUGGAAGUUACAAUGAUAUAGUCGAUGGUAGCUGCUAUCAAAACAAAAUAUAUGACCACUGCUAUGUAACAUUGGUUUGGUUUAUUGAUGGAGCGCCACCAAUUAGAUCAAAAAAUGUUCAAAUGUGGCCAAUUACAGCAUUUGUCGUUGAAUUGCCAAUAGCAUUGCGAUAUGCUUUAAAGAAUAUUGUCUUCUGUGGCUUAUGGUAUGGAAAUAAGAAGCCUGAAUUUGAUUUUUUUCAGCUACAUUUUGUGCAAGCUGUCAAACAUUUGAGGGAAAAUGGUUUCAAUGUUAUGGUGAAUAAUCAGAACAUUUCCUUCAAUUUGAAAAUACAAGCAGGGUUAGCUGACUUGCCUGCAAGAGCAGCUUCUCUUAAUUUAAAACAGUUCAAUGGGAAAUUUGGAUGCCCUGUAUGCUAUCAUCCUGGGCAGAAGCUAUGUAGAGAUUCAUUAGUAUGGAUUUAUCCAUAUCAAGAUGAAAACGAAAGGGCUGUUAAAAGAACACAUGAUGAAUUGGAACUUCAUGGGAAUGCAGCUGAACAAAACAACACCAUAUUUUUCGGUGUCAAGGGAAGAUCUGUACUACUUGACAUAAUGAACUUACCAGACGAAAUUCCAUUUGACUACAUGCACUUAGUGGUAGAAGGAGAAUUUAGAAGAAAGUUACUUAAUUAUAUUUUACCUAGAAAUGGUUUCCUUUAUAAAGAUGCCUUGUCUAUCAUCAAUAGUAGCCUGACGAAAAUGAAAUAUCCUCAUGAUUUCUCAAAGAAAACUUGCACAAUUAAUGAGUCAACAAUAAAGCGAGCAAAGGCUGGGGAACUCCAGUUACUUCUGCUCCAUGUCAUUCUGCCACUAUUGAAAGGUUCUAUUCCGGAUAAAAUUUUCUGCCAUCUUGGUCUUUUUGUCACAGCAAUUCAAAUUUUGAAUGAAGAUACUGUUACUGACCAAGAUGUGGAUUUAGCAGGAAAAAUGCUAGAGGAGUACCACAAGUUGAAUUGUGAGUUAUAUGGACCUGGAUCACAGACCUUCACCAAUCAUGCGUUACUUCAUUUGGCAGAACAACGUAAAGUACAUGGAUGUCCUUUAGUUUUGUUGUCCAAUUUUGUUUUUGAAGGAUUCAUUGGAACUUUGAAACGACAAUUCCAUGGCACUAGAGAAAUAAUUGAUCAAAUGGUAACCAACAUCUCGACCCUCUAGUAGAUCAAGCUGCAAAGAUAAUUUAAAACUAAUGUAUAUACAUAUCUUGAAAGUAUCAAAAUUCUUAUUAAUUUAAUAAAUAUUCUUUAAUGGCUAAAGGCUUUCAGUAUCUUGAUAAGAUUGUGAGAAUUUUAGGUGACUAGAGUUUUAUCAGAUUUUCAAGAAUCUUGAUAAGAUCUUGACAAGAUAUUAGCAAUUUUGGUUACAAGAAUUUAUAAGAUUUUUCGGGAAUCUUGAUAAGAUCUUGAUAAGUUUGUGAUAA